CUUGUGAGUCCCCGUGCUGUGAAGGGGUCUGUGUCACGAUUCCGAAUUGGUGCAAAGACACAUAGAAAACCACUAUUGGAUUAUCUGUACGGCUGGGUUUGGGUUAAAGAGUGCUGGUUCUUAGUCCGUUGAGGUGCUGAGUGCUCUCUUUCUUGUGGUUAGCGAGAUGAGGAAGACGGAUAUAAAGGCGAGGCGAGUCAGUCACUGUCGCUGAUAUGUCUUCUGCAACUCUACUGCUGAGACACUUGGCGUCCCGUUGAGGUGCGGACAAAGUGGUGAGCAGGUGGAAGAUGAUUUAACCCACACCUGUAGACAGCAAAGAUGUGGCGUCAUACGGUGUGGGCGGGAGUGUGGGCGCUGCUGUGGGGAUGGGCGGCCACGCAAUUCAUUGGGGAGAAAGGACUGGAUCCCCUUCAACAAACAGCAGUCAUCGGAGGGAAAUCACGAGACUUGGAUCAAAUUGGCCCUAAGAUUUUCACGAACAAGACCAACACGACCCUCAACUGUGCCUCCGGGUACAUGCUGGUGGACGUCUCCUUCAACGACCCCUUCUACGGCAUCAUCUACCCCAAUGGCUCCAGGAACUCAGCGUGUCGCAUCCAGGGGCAGGGCAAGACUAAGUACCAUCUGGAGCUGCCAUUGAAAGGUUGCGGAACGAAGAGGGUGGAGCGGCGGGUGUUCGUCAAUAACAUCAUCGUCAGGUUCCACCCCGAGCUGGAGCUGGACGGCGACGAGGUGAAGACUAUCAUCUGCCGCUACCCGAGUCCCAAGGUCGUGCUUCCCCCAGCCCCAGGACCACCAGUGCCUAUCAUCGCCACCCCGGGAGACACGCUAGUACCCACGCCAGUGGGGGAGGUGGAGAUCCUGCUCAUCAUUUGCGCCAUCCUGUUCCUGGCGCUGCUGCUGGUGGGCAUGGCGUGCUCCUACACGUGCCUCAAGAAACGCAACAUUAAGCUUGUGAGGCGGCGGCCCAUGUCCCUGGGAACGCCCUCAGACAUCACCAAAAUGUCCGGUUCAACUCUCCUCUUCGACGGCGUCAAGAUCCCCCGGGCACACGCAACCUCCACCUCAGACUCGCUCGUGCCCUCCGAGACGCUGCCCUCAGACUACCCCUCUGACCCACCCUCCAGCGGCUCCGAGGUGGAGGAGAUCGACAUUCGGUCUGUGGAGCGCCGGUCCUCGGCAGUGUCCAGCAAGGAGCAGGAGGAGCACAUGAUGUACCUGAACCAGGCCUUCGAGCUGGAGGAGGACCGCCUGUCCUCCGUGUACUCUGAGGCACAGAUGCAGAGCGACACCGAGCUGGUGGUGUCCCCCCACCUGCCGAAGCCACCCAUGCCGUCCUUCCUGGUGAGGGUGAAGGCCGCCCCCAUCCCACCCCGCACCCCCGAGCCAGACUACCCUGUUCACUUGGCUCACUCCCAGUCCCUCACCACCAUCGCCGAGCGUGACGAAAGCUUCCGCGCCGAGAGCCUGCCUGGCUCCGAGCACGCCAUCAUGGUGUCUGACGCGGAAUCCCUGUUGCCGCCGCCCGCCAUCCUGCCUCCGCCCAAGUACGCAAAGACCGACCACAAGCGGCAGCACAUCCCUCGCCCGCCGCCCCCGCCCUCCGAAUACAGCUCCGUGGCUCGCUCCGUGUCGGAACACGACCUGCACGUGGACAUCCAUAAGCGCGACCUGCGCCGCGUGGAGAAUGUGGAAGUGUUGACGCAGGAGACCACAGACGUACAGGAGACGGUGGAGCGCCACGCACGCCGCUACAUGGUGCGCCCGCCGCCCUCAGAGCCUGACUCAGAGUACCCCUCAGAGGCCCGCAGCGUGACGGAUGUGGUGGAGGAGCUGCCGGUGGUGCCGCGCCGCCCCGACGUGACCACCCACAUGGUGGACGACCGUCACGUGUCCACCAUCACCGAGACCCACACCACCGAGGACGUGGAACGACACCGACGUUUCAUCAAACAGUACCACAUGAAGCCCAAGCCACUCCCACCCCCUAAGUGGGACGUGAACAUACGCUACUACCCGGGACCCAAGUACGCCGACGAAGUGGAGUCCUCGGGGCCGGAAUGGGAGGGCUGCAGCGAGCCCGGCUCAGACGUGUUCCGCCAGCACCUGUACCACGCCGACGAAGACGACCUCGCCCGCCUGGAAGUGGAGGCUCUGGAGCACCCGCCACCGCCUAACUGGAACGUACUCCUGAGAGUGCUGGAGCCGCCUCGCACCGAGCAGGCCGUCCAGUACGUCCUGACGAAGGAGGACCGACAGAAGUGGCGCCAGAUCAUCUCCACAGAGUCCACGCUACGCACCAUGUUGACCACGGCCACAGUUAGAGAGGACUUCGAGAGGAUCAGACACGACCAGAGAUACGAGAAGCUGUUCGAGCCCCGCAAGUGGGACGUCAUCAUUAGGAUCCUGUCGCCGCCUCAUACUCACGACCACAUCGACUCCUCUUCCGAACCGCCCUCAUGUUCCGAUACCGAGAGUUUGCCUUCCAGGGACGGCCGCAGGUACCGCAAAAACGAUUUUGCCCCUACUGGCCGCCGUCCUUCGUUGCCGCCGCUGUACGAAUACGACUCUGAGGGCAACCCACUGGUAAUGCGACGCCCCGGCCCACCCUCCGCCCGCUCCCGCCGCUCCUCCAAGUCCAGCGUGCACUCUGGCUUCGACGUCCGUUCCAUGACGGAGACUGAAGUGAACUUCACGCGUGGUCCUCCUGACACGUGGAGCGAGGCCAGCGGUCCCAGCGUGGUGAGCGCCCCGCGAUCCACAGCAGACCGCUCCCAGCCUGAGACCACCUACACCGUGCCCGUGCUGCCUGACGACGACUAUCCCGAUACUGACUUCGACGACCGCAUGUCUGCCCGCACCGGCCGCUCCCUGGCGCGCUCCGCCUCGGAGUUCACCGAAGACUGGCGCCACCAUGAGCCCGUGGAGACCUGGGAGUGGUCCGGCGAGGUGCCGCACCGUCAGCCGGGAACGCCCGGCGCCGAGCAUUUCGAGGAGCCGCAGUUCAGUGACGUGAUGACGUCUCCGGAAGGAUCCCCGCGUCCACUGGACCGCUACCGCCACCACCGCCAGUUCUACGAGGAGGAGCCCGAGGGCGACAUGAUGAGAGGUGCCUACGUGGUGCGGACGGAGCACCGUUCAGGCCGCAGCGCGCAGGGCGGGGUGGAAGAGGUGUUCUCCCGCACGCAGACGAAGAUGUCGCACUGGGAGCACCGCGAGUGACUCUGAGGCGACACGCGGCGCACAGCACCGCACGUCUCCAGCUACGCUUUGCUGACGCCGCCCGCCCCUGACGACAGCCGCGGGGCACUGUGAAGGGCCGGCCGGCGGGGCCACAGGGCGCCGAGCCGCCCGCACGGCCCACAACGCAUCACGCUGAAGAAUUAACAAUCAAACGCAACCUGAGUGGCAGACUAAUUCCCAGGUUUCGUGUGUGUGUGUGUGUGUGUGUGUGUGUGUGUGUGUGUGUGUGUGUGUGUGUGUUUAUCUUAACGUGUGCGUGCGUGCGUGGCGGCAAGCAGGGGCGGGCCGCCGCGCGCAAACUAACCAGCUGCGGGGCAUCAGCGGUGGUCUUAUCGGCGCCUCGCCCACCCAGGCGCCCCGCCCCGGCCAGCACGACGGGACGGGGCAGACACGCUCACGGUUGUCACAGUCCUAGUCAGCAGCAUCAGCAGCAGCAGGGUAGGAGGCGCCGCUAGGACCGCCGCGCCUCGCCUCGGGGCACCGCCAGCACCUGUCACGCCGGCAGCUCUCACACGGGGGGACGGUAGAGAAAGGUAGCAGGAUGGGGAGAGGAAGUGAUAAGGGAUCUGAAAUGACGGGGAUUGGAAAGUUGCAGGUGGAGGCGUGGGUGGGGCCGAGGGUGUAAUGGCGUGAAGGCGUGAGGGCUGCCCAGUGCCAAGACAGGCUGCCGCGCGCCCCGGGGCCGAGCAGCUCCCGGCACACCGCUACAGGGCCGGACAAGGGCUUACGGUGUACACAGAUCGAAGGUAGUGACGCCAUGUUCUUCCACUUAACGAAGUAAGAGACGCGGAAACUUACACAAUGUAGAGGGACUCAAGUAGAGGAACACUAACCCACGUGAUGGUUUUGUAUUACUAACGUGAAAACUGUAGCGCCGCGACAGCGCUCAAGUGGUUUUUUGCAUCUUUUCCGAUAUGCAAAGGAGUAACAAACGGUACAACAAUUAGACAUUUUAUGAAAAAUAACACGAGGUUUGCCAAAACUUUCACUCCUUAUCACUCAAUCCCUUUUUUUUUUAUUCUAAUGUUUCUUUUAACUUUGCCUUUUUAAGUGUAAUGAUGUGAAGAGAGGACUGGUCCACAGGUGAACACUUGGGGCCAAGUGUAGCCUUCGUGACGCGGCCAGGUAAGGCGGGGCGUCCCCUGCCACACCUGGGCCGACCGCACUGGCCAAGGUGUGCUGGCCUCCGUGGUGACGCAGUGCCAAUAGUGUGUCGUCACGAGGCUGGCUACUAAUCAUAUUAUCAUCAUAUUCCCUCGCUAAUGAUGUAACCAUGCCUGAUUAAUGCUGCCUGCACUAAUGAGGUCACACACACACCUGACCCACCUACACAUGACACCACUAACCACCUGACCGGAGGGCCUCUGUCUCCCCCUCUGACGUCACCAGUGAUCUAACCAAUCCUAACAGUUGUUAUUUUGACGUCACCGGUGUAUCGUAACGUCAUUAGCGCUAACUAACCAAUGAGAGGCCUUCAAGAUGACGUCAGAGCUCAGUUAACCAAUCACAGGCAUUACUUUUAUGGAGGGAGGAAAAUCUGGUUACAUGAAAUGGAAACUAUAAUUUUUGUGAUAAUUAUGGGGAAAAAAUGAAAUAUGCGGUUUGAAUUACGGAAAGUAAAGGAAAAUAAGAGUACCUGACACUAUACAUACAAAAAUUGUUAGCUUAUAAAGGCAAGCAAGCAAAGAAAAAAGUAAUCAAACAAAAAUAAAUUGCAGCAACCACUCUCCGUAUGUACUCGUAUGUAUGUGUGUGUGCGUGCGUGCGUGUGUGCGUGCGUGUGUGCUUGAGUGCGUGUACGAGUGCGUAUGUGUGUGCGUUUAAUAAUGCUUUAAACCCACCAGCCAUAAUAGACUUUAAUGAUAAAACA